AUGAUGAAGAAUUCUUUGAACGUGCAUGUUCGGUCGGUUUGGGCAGGAAAUGUCGACUAUGAGUUCUCCCUCAUCCGCUCUCUCGUUAAGCAGUACCCUUUCGUCGCGAUUGAUACGGAGUUUCCUGGCAUCGUCUUCAAGUCCAAGACCAACCCCCGAUGCCUCUCGUUGGAGAAGAGAUACGCUCUACUGAAGAUGAACGUCGAUAGCCUCUGCCUCAUCCAGGUGGGUCUCACCCUCUCCGAUGCUGACGGCCAGCUUCCCGACCUGGGCACGAAUGGUGGUGCGCACUUCAUCUGGGAGUUCAACUUCCGAAACUUCGACCUACAACGCCACGUUCACAAUGCCGAAUCCAUAAAGAUGCUCCAAGAGCAAGGAAUUAACUUUGCGGCGCUCCGCACCCACGGUGUCGACUUCCGCCACUUUAGAAGGCUAAUCCUGUCGUCGGGCCUCCUCUACAACCCGAAAGUGACGUGGAUAACUUUUCACAGCUCUUCCGACUUCGCGUACGUUAUGAAAACUCUCACGGGCAUCGACCUACCGAUGCAGAUAAAAGACUUCCUCUUAGUGCUCAAGCACUUCUUUGGACCGCGCAUUUACGAUAUGAAGCAUAUGAUAAAAUUCUGCAACGGACUUUAUGGAGGGCUCGAGAGCGUGGCUGCGCAACUGCGGGUGGAGCGGAUAGUGGGGNGCUCUUCCGACUUCGCGUACGUUAUGAAAACUCUCACGGGCAUCGACCUACCGAUGCAGAUGAAAGACUUCCUCUUAGUGCUCAAGCACUUCUUUGGACCGCGCAUUUACGAUAUGAAGCAUAUGAUAAAAUUCUGCAACGGACUUUAUGGAGGGCUCGAGAGCGUGGCUGCGCAACUGCGGGUGGAGCGGAUAGUGGGGAGGAGGCACCAGGCCGGGUCGGAUUCGCUACUGAUGCUGCAAAUCUUUAUGAGAAUGAAGCAGGUCUAUUUCGCUACGAACGACGCGCGCAUGGAGAAGCAUAUGGGUGUGAUUUACGAUUUGGAGUUGGAAGAUUCUACAAUGCGACCUGUUGUUGCUACAGCACUAGUAGAAGGACCGCUGGAAGCAAUAUUUUGCGGGGUCAGCCCGCUGGAAGUAGGUUUUUGCGGUACGACGAAUCCGACAAGUGCAGAAAAUAUUUUUGCACAACAACUCCCUGGCUGUAUGACUCAACAACUUCCACUCCCACCGUGCCAUAUGGCUCAACAAACUCCAAUCCCGAGCUUUCCCUGGCCGUACUACUUUGCUUCUCCUUUUUAG